UCACACACUGAAAAGUUACCCAUGAUUCUCCGCACAGUCUGCGGCUCAUUCAAAAAUGGAGGAGAGUGAGAGAGAGUCGGAAAGUGGGCGAUGUUCAGCACCUUCCCAAACAUCUGACCAGCAAAUCCCUACCGAGACUUCCGACCAAAAACCAGAGACUGACGAAGAUGAUAUCAAAACUAAGUUGGACAUCAGUUCGGAUAAGUUUGACCCCUUACUCGCUCUAUAUUCCCCACAAGUGCCACUGCCUUACCCCAAUAUCAAGUGUUUUAAUAACAUCGCAGAAUAUGAGAGCUUUAUGAAAGGCGGUCGAGGCCGAGCGAAACCCGAAAAUGUGGAGAAAAGACUCCGAAAAGCACAAAAAGGUAAAGCAGACCCGGAGAGGAUAGAGAGGCUGAAGAAACUCAUGGUGAACAACCCGGUUGAGGAGGAGGAGGGAGAGGGAAGCGGAGUCAAACGACCGCCUCGACAGCGAAAAGCGGCCAAAAAUGUGCUUACCAGAAUGCCACUGCAUAAAGGCAGUCCAUUGGGAGAGCUCAAUAGGUGCGUCCAGGAGAAAAUCAGAGUCAAAGUUCACAUUCGGACCUUUAAAGGGCUUCGGGGAGUGUGUUCUGGCUUUGUGGUGGCAUUCGAUAAGUUCUGGAACCUGGCAAUGGUGGAUGUGGAUGAAACGUACAGGGAGCCUCUUUGGGGACAAGCUCUUUAUCAUGAGAAAGCACUUACUGUCACAAGGCUAUUUGAAAAACUGAAAGUUCAAGAGACUGUGGCCCUCAGUGCGGUUGAGAGGAAAGGAGGAGAUAACCUCUUAAAGUCAGACCCAUACAGUAGUUCAUCUCAACUCAGAGACCGAACCGGUAGGAGAACCGACCCCAAACAUACCCAGGAAAGAUCCGAACUCUCUGAGAAAGACAAGAGUGCAUCAAAAGUGACACAGAAAUCUGAAAGCAAGCCUCAAGUGAAGUAUGGAAGAGUGCACACACGCCAUGUCAAUCAGCUAUUUAUACGAGGAGAAAACGUUCUUCUUGUAAACAUACAACAGGACUAAAUAUUGUCCUUAUGAAAUAUUAGUUUACUUUUUUUGGAAGUCUCCCUGAAAAGGUUUGUAAUAUGAGUGUAUCAUAUUGAUAUGUAUAUCAACAGGCGAAAUGAAUAUGUUAAAUGUAGAGUUAAAAACUCUUUUUUUUUUAUCUCAUCCUCAAUACACACUGUUUGUUUUUGCUUUGAAUGACCACUAGGGGGAAGUAAGACACUGAUACAUUGUAAGUGUGGACAUUGAUUGCACGGGCUUAUUUUUGUUAUAUAUUUUAAUAAUUAUCAAGGGGGAAAUGGAAAAAUAUUUAACAAAUCAUUA